UCUCUCUCCUCCCAAAUCCCAAACAGAUCAAACGGAGGAAGAAGGACGGGACGACUUCGUCUCCCCCAGCAGACAGCUCCCGCCUUGGCAGCUCCGCAGGCCGGCCGUGCUGCCCAUACCCACUCCUCUCUCCCCCGUCCCGCCCCGUCUCACUCCGUGCUUCUCUCGCUCGUUCGCCUGAAGCUGGUCGGUCUCCCCCCACCGCGCCGGCGAGAUGGAGCUGAAGCCCGGCAUGUCGGCCCUCGUCACCGGCGGCGCCUCCGGCAUCGGGAAAGCGCUCUGCAUCGCUUUUGCACAAAAGGGUCUAUUUGUGACCGUGGUCGACUUCUCUGAACAAAAUGGAAGAGAAGUCACUUCGCUAGUUCAAAAGGAGAACAGAAAGUUUCAUGGAGAUCUUGGAGUACCGUCUGCCAUAUUCGUCAAGUGUGAUGUUUCUAUUGAAGGUGAUCUAGCUGCUGCUUUUGCGAAACAUGUAGACACAUAUGGUGGACUAGAUAUCUGCAUCAAUUGUGCUGGAAUUGCCAACAAAACAUUAGUUUAUUAUGAUACAUCUGACGGAACUAGGACAUGGAGGCAUGCCAUAAAUGUGAACUUUGUCGCUGUUAUUGAUGGUACUCGCAUUGCAAGUCAAAUAAUGCGAUCCCGGAAGAAGCCUGGUGUCAUAAUCAAUAUUGGUUCAGCUGCGGGCCUUUAUCCCAUGUUCGCCGAUCCCAUAUAUACUGGGACAAAAGGUGGUGUUGUUAUGUUUACUCGAUCACUUGCUCCAUUGAAACGCCAUGGUGUUCGUGUCAACGUGCUCUGCCCUGAGUUUGUUCAAACUAAUAUGGCUGAGCAAAUAAAUCAAAAAAUAGUACAUGCAACUGGUGGAUUUUUGAAGAUGGAGGAAGUUGUUAAUGGCGCAUUUGAACUUAUAAAAGAUGAGAGCAAAGCUGGUGCUUGCCUUUGGAUAACUAAGCGGAGAGGGAUGGAAUAUUGGCCAUCAGCAGAGGAACAAAGAAAAUAUCUGUUGAAUUAUACCAAGUCAAAAAGAACAGUAACAAAGAAUGUAUUUCCUAGCAUCCAAACACCUGAGUUUUAUGAGAAGAUAGUUGUUCACACACUCAGCCAUAAUUUCCGCAAUGCUACAAGACUUGAUCGUGUGCGAUUGAGAUUGCCCAUUGAACCACAAAGUGCGCUAGUUAAAAUAAUAUACGCUGGUGUAAAUGCUAGUGAUGUAAACUUCAGCUCCGGACGGUAUUUCAGUGGUAGUGCUAAAGAAACUGCUGCACGCCUUCCGUUCGAUGCUGGUUUUGAGGCUGUGGGAAUUGUUGCUUCUGUUGGAGAUGCAGUGAGCCAUGUCAAAGUUGGCAGUCCUGUGGCCCUUAUGACUUUUGGAAGCUAUGCUGAAUUUACGAUGGUUCCAGCCAAACAUCUUCUUCCGGUGCCAAGACCAGACCCGGAGGUCGUUGCUAUGCUAACAUCAGGAUUGACCGCUUCAAUUUCUCUUGAAAAGGCAGGUCAAAUGACAUCUGGGCAAGUUGUUUUAGUUACAGCAGCUGCUGGUGGAACAGGACAGUUCGCGGUUCAGCUUGCAAAACUAGCGGGCAACAAGGUUGUUGCCACAUGUGGUGGCGAAAGUAAGGCUGCAUUUCUAGCUUCCUUAGGUGUUGAUCGAGUUAUCAACUACCAGCAUGAGAAGAUCAAAGAUGUUCUGAAAAAGGAGUUUCCAAAAGGUGUAGAUAUUAUAUAUGAAUCUGUAGGUGGGGACAUGUUUGAUUUGUGCUUGAAUGCGCUCGCAGUCCAUGGACGCCUCAUUGUAAUUGGUAUGAUCUCUCAGUAUCAAGGAGAGGAGGGAUGGAAGCCGAAGAACUACACUGGACUAUGUGAGAAGAUUCUUGCUAAAAGUCAAACUGUGGCUGGAUUUUUCCUGGUUCAACAUGCUCACAUGUGGCAAGAUCAUCUUGACAAACUAUUUGAGUUGUAUGCCUCUGGAAAGCUAAAGGUCUCACUCGACCCUAAGAAAUUCCUGGGCGUUGCUUCCGCGGUGGAUGCGGUAGAGUAUCUUCAUUCUGGCAAGAGCGUCGGCAAGGUCGUCGUCUGCAUCGAUCCAGCUUACAGCCAGACCCUCGCUAAGCUGUAGCCUGUACUCCGCAGAGACUUCAUCACAAAACAUGACGCAGGAAAUGUAAUUUAUGAUGAGUGCGUACGUUAUAGGUGCACAUUCAGUGUCGAGGCGAGGAACUUAGUAGUUGCAUAGUGAAGUCACCGUGUAGCUCGGUUGUCUGACCAGUUCGCAACCGGCCAAGCAUUAUAUAGAAACCAAAUAAGUGUACGAUCCCACAUGCCAUGCCUAAAUAAAUGAAUAGAUUGCUCAGUUCAGUGGUGCGUUAUACUUCAUGUUUUGUGCAGAAUU